UGGUUAAUUAAAAAUAUAUGUGUUGGACCUUUGUAAUAGGCACAUGCCUAAUAGAAAUCUCUUGGCAAAGAAAUUUUCUUGGAGCCAAAGUUUGGCUCAUGCGGAGGAGAUUAGUUUGGUCAUUUCUCCUCUCUUUUUUAUCCAACUCGGAGGCCAAGUUUUGCCCCUAUAAAAAGGACACUCCUCCUCAGUUGAAGACACACCAAUUUUGGGAAGAACUUCUUGAACUUGUCUUCUUUUUUCAGAGAAUAUUUGUAAGAGAGUCGUGUUGGAAACACUUGUGUGUGUGAACCCUUUCUUGGAGUGAUCUUUUGAGGUUAUUCUCUUUGGGUAUUUGGGAUAUUAGAGUAUUUAAUUACUCUAAUUUUUGUACUCGCUUUUGUGCAUCGUACUCUCUUUUGUGUAUGCUGGUGUUACUUCUCUUUUGGUUGUGAAUGUAGGUCAAAUUGGCCGAACCACGUUAAAUCUUUUUCUCCUGUUAUCUUUGUUAUUGUCUUUGAUUGACUACUUUGUCUAAUUCUGCACUUACCCAAACACCCGAUCCUAACACUUUUUCUCCUCAAACAAAUGUGUCAUUGAUUCUGGUGACAUAGAUCACAUGACAGAGAGUACUCUGUCCAAUCAGCAAACCAAUGCACUUGUCGCCGAAGGAGGAGAUGGAAAUGAUGCUGGGAGGCGGAACAACAACAACAAUACUGCUGGGAGAUGGAAUAAUAACGAAGGAGGAAACAACGACCUUUUCUGUCGUUAUUGCAAAGAACCAGGACAUGUAAAGUGGAACUGUCCGAAAUUAGAGAUUCGCCGCCAAUGUAUUGAAGAUUGUGCAAGGAUUCGGGAAUCAAUGAAAGAAUCCGCUCCCGUUCCUGCCCUUGCAGAGUCAGGAUCUUAUGACAAAGCAGACUAUCGGUAAGGACAUGUAUUUGAUGGUCUCUACAUUCUUGAUGCAUGGGUGCCUCGGUCAGUUGCUUGCUCCAGAAUCAGCUUGUCAUUUGAAGCACAUUGUUGAUUUGGACAUCCUACUCCUCAGUUUCAUAAUGUACCUUCAAUAGAAUGUGAGUCUUGUCAUUUUGCAAAACACCCUAUAAAUUCAUUAAGCUUUCAAAUUAGUUUAUCAGAUAUUUGGGGACCAUGUCCCAUUGUGUCUAAGGUUAGGUUGAGAUAUUUCUUUACUUUUGUGGAUGAUUUUUUCCGGAUGACAUGGAUACUUUAUGAUGAAUCGUUAUGAGGUGUUCUC